UGAAACAUAUUUGUGUUUUAGGACCGCUAGUAAUUACUACUGAAUCCCACAUACGCAACGAGAGGCGAAACUGUUACCAAAAUAUGCAACCAAACUCUUCGCCCACUUUCACGGCGAUGGUGCGCGCGUUGCAUCAUGGGAGCGCGAGUUCUCUUUACCAACGCUCGGUAUCGCCGGUCGCUAUGGCUACGGCGCAAAGGAACUAGACUUCCCACAAUGCCAAGCGUUUUCUGUACAUUGGCUCAUGUUAUACAUGGGGGAAUAUGAGAGCUGCGGAGGAACCGAAAGCGACAGCGGCAGCCCCGGCGAUAAGUAUAACGAUAAACCGUCGCCGCGAAAUAGUUGACGUUUAACGCCAAAUCAAGCGAAGCAAGCUGCCGUGAUAUAUAGGGAAUUUGCGUUUCGGUGUUGUGGUUGUACAUUUGGCGUUUUGGGGGCAAGGCACCUCCCUGCCUGCGCCGGGGUGUGUGUGCAUUUUUCUGUAGGCUUUAUCGCAUCACCGCGCUGCAGUGCGUUACUGUAACCGAAACGAGGUGCCACGCCGCCGGUUACAGUUGCAACUGCGCUGUCGGUCGAUACUAUGACAGAAACACAUGAAGACAAAGUAUCACUGCGAAUCCGUCCUGCUGAGCUAUGCAAUGAAAAACAUGGCAACUUUGGUCUCUAACAGCUGCGCCUUUUUGUAGCCAUAAAGUGCAAGUGUGAACUGUAGAAGGUGCGGUUUUCGUGCCUGUUUUUAAGCUUUGAACUGAAGCAAAAUAGGCAGCCCGCAUGGAACGAGCAGGUAGCAUCCAACUUGAUAUUCCGGACUUCAGCAACUCUGUCCUUUCGCACCUAAACCAGCUGCGCAUGCAGGGCCGCCUGUGUGACAUUGUGGUCAACGUUCAGGGCCACAGCUUUCGCGCCCACAAGGUGGUCCUCGCCGCCAGUUCCCCAUACUUCAGGGACCACAUGUCGCUGAGCGAGAUGAGCACCGUUUCCAUCUCGGUGAUCCGCAAUCCAUCUGUGUUCGAGCAACUUCUUUCAUUCUGUUACACAGGCCGCUUGUGCUUGCAGCUCGCCGACAUCAUCAGCUACCUGACGGCUGCAAGCUUCCUCCAAAUGCAGCACAUUAUUGACCGCUGCACCCAGAUUUUAGAGGGGAUCCACUUUAAGAUCAGCCUGUCGGAUGUUGAGGAGGAGCUGGGAAGCGGAGCUCGCCGGGUGGUCAGCCAAACUAUCGAGUCAGGGAGAGGUGGAACAACGCUUGGAGGGUCCCGCUCCAUAAGUCCCAGACACGGAAGUUCGAGGUUGAUUGGCAACACCGGAGGGGUGAUCAACAUCCGUGACGUUAGGGAAGUCCGGGAGAUCAGUCCACCGGGGGAGUCCAUGAGCCCCCAGAUUGUCGAGCACAGUGGAAUUGGCUCGGAGGAGGUGGGGUCCGGGAAAGAACCCAUUCUUCGUAUUAACCGGGCUGGUCAGUGGUAUGUGGAGACAGGAACCGAGGCAGAGAGGGGUGGAGAUGAUGUGCGUGUCGUGGAUGGGUUUCGGAUCAAGACGGAAAGGAUGGACGAGUGGAUGGGGGUGGAGACUCAGGCAUCGGCGGAAGAGGGAAGUGGGACAGAGGAGGGGCCAACGGUGAUGAUUGACACCUCAGGACGUAGCACAGUGGUGCAGGAGGGAGGACGAGGAGGAAAAAGUUCACAGCCUUCCAGUAGCUUCAGUGAGACAGACAGGUUUAGUCCAACAGGAAGUGUGGUUGUGAUGGCUGAUCGACAGAGAGCCAAGAGUGAAUCUCCAGGAAGAGUUGAUGACCAGAGACACCCCACCUCACAGGGAGAGGAACAAGCUGUGUUUGACAUGGGAGGAUAUGAAGAGUACCUUCGAGAACAGGUAGGAGACCGAUGGUUUCGUUACAACCCCCGACUGACCUGCAUCUACUGCUGCAAGUCCUUCAACCAGAAAGGCAGCUUAGAUCGCCACAUGAGGCUGCACAUGGGGAUAACGCCCUUCGUGUGCCGUAUCUGCGGAAAGAAAUACACCCGCAAAGACCAACUGGAGUACCACAUCCGGAAGCACACAGGAAAUAAGCCCUUCCAUUGCCACGUGUGCGGUAAGAGCUUCCCGUUCCAGGCCAUCCUCAACCAGCACUUCCGCAAGAACCAUCCAGGCUGUGCUCCACAAGAGGUAUCCCACAGUGCAUCGCCCGAGACAACCACGGUCACCUCCCGCGGGGGCCAGAACGAGGACGAAUCGCCCACUCAGGAAGAUGCUGAGGGCAACGGUGCUGGAGGUUCCGGUUCGUCCUUUGGAGAAGGGGUUCAACCCUCUGUCUCCACCACUGGGCCCGAUUGAAAGGCUCAUAGUAGAAAAACAUAAUAAGUCUGUGGAGACGGAGGACAUUGGGGUCCCUUCUGUUCCCACCAUUCACAAUGAAAAACUGCAGUGGACUUGGAAGAAGUUAAGCCAGCAGAAGGUUCUCUCAGCUGCUGUCAACAAGGAACCGAUAUAAAGGGAGAUUCUACUACGUUGUGCUUGGACGAAAAUCUUCGGUUUAUUUUUAUUUUUGGAAGAUUUUUCAAGGAUAACAAGGACUAGUAUUCAAUAGGGAUUUAUAAAUGGUAUUUCCGCUUUAAACCGCAUCUACCUUCACCGUACAAACUAAACAGGAUAUCAUCAAAUGAAGACAAGCCACACUCCAACAACCUCACACUUGAUACAGUGUUUUCGUUUUAUUUUUAACCUUUCCUGUCUUUUAUAUGUUAAGUUUUUUAUAUUUUUGUACUACUACUACUACAAAUAGUCAGAAUUCAGGAUAAGCAAAGAGAAGCGAUAGCUCCGAUUUGGUCAAAUUGCGUCGAAAUUGCCAAACUUCUCUGUGCCAGAUGUUGAAUCUUAAACGAGAGAACGUCGACGUCCUUUGCUAUUCUGCCUUGAGACAAUCUUGAUGAAUUAAUCUGGGGAUAGACGUCGCGCUCCCCAGCUAUGGCAAGCUUAGAAAAACGGGUUCGGUUUUUUAUUAGGGACCCUCAGGUCUGACCCAUCAAAUUUUUUGGUUUAUUUUACUUGUGUAUUAAGUGCCGUUCUGGCCUGCCAUAACAUCAAAACGCAUUACUCACACUUAACCUACACGCCUCAAACACAAUUUUAGUCGUACAACUAUUCGUCUUCGAGUUCGACGAUUGUUGUCCACAACUAACUCUCAUGCCAUAUAGUUUUACUUUUUAAUGUCGGUCAUUAUACUGUGAUAUAGGCACGCUGGGGGUAGAAUACGUUUAAGUAUAGCAAUGAUAUAUAUGUAUUUAUUCGCAUUUACUUCCCGGUCAGGCCUCGUAUAUAUCUCCCUACACAAAUCCCCAGCUGCUGAAUGUUGAUGAAACAGUGAUAUAAAAAACAGGAAACUCUUCAACCUCAGAUAAGCUACAAUACCGCUCAGUUACCUCUCUCACACAUCACUACGCAAUACCGAUCUGUUGCAUGCAGAUACGUAGAUGCACUCAACCGUAUUUUUAUGUUCAGUGUUUUUCAAGUCGGUCGUCAAGAUUCGCAAGUCUCUCCAACUCGUUUUACCGGUCUGACGAUGUUUUGUUUGUGGAAUAUGUUAGCGCAGGGGAAAGUGGUCUUUCAGACGUUUUGUUUUGUGUCGAGUCAAAACAAAUACGGAGACGACCUCAAAAAGGGGUCUGUUUUCGUAGGAAACAGAAACCGUAUGUCUUGGAUGAACGGGAAAUGACGAAAUGCCACGGAAAGACUUUGAACCCUUCAUCUGAUGGAAGGCACUUUAACCUUUUGGGGUCGAGUGCCUUGACACUUGGCUUCUGAACAGAUGUUUUUUUUUCAGAUGGUGCUAUGACGUGAAUUUACUGAAGUUCUCAGUAACCAAAGGAAGUGAAAUAUAUUGUUAUAAAGUCCUUAUAAUUUGGAGGAUUAAGAAAGAUUACAUCAGGCACUUCAAGAAAGGGUGGGGGGUGGUUUCUUUUUUUAUUAAUUGUAUAUCUAUAUACAUAUACAUAUGCAUAUUUAGACCAAUUUUUACUACACAAAGGCAGUUUAUAGAACGAUCCACAAAAGAAUAAGAGUUUUAGGUGGUAAAGCUGUUAUAAUUUUUUUAUAAGGCUGUGAAUCACACAAUGUGUUUGUGUGACUGUUUUUUUUUUUUUUUUAGGAAAAGCUUAAUGCAUAUUAAACAGCUACUGAUAUUUCCGAUAGGGAUAUUUUGCACCUCACUUCUUAUUAACACAGGUAAAACCUUUUACAAACGUUUGCCGUUUAUCACAAUCGUAAACACAGGUCAGCAGGUAAACGCUUUUUACAAAUAUCAGGAACUCACUGUUUACUUUUCAUGUUUACCUUUUUUGGUUCGUACCAAGCCGUUCCUCUUACUUGGAAUUCGGGCUCUGGGUAACUCGGGUCGCCAUAUUUCACAAGAGCAGCAAAAAAACUACAUACAGUACAUUUCUUCUUAAUGUAAAUACCCAUGCCUCAGACGCAGUCGCAGGGAAAUACAAUCCUGAAACUUUAUCAUUUCUACUUCGUUGUACAGUGCAGAACCCAGGUAAUAGGCGAGCAUGUUAACACUGCUUUUAUUUGUCACGAUGUAACCUCAUGAGAAUAAAGAAAGGGUUUUGUCAAUAUACAGCAUUAUCAUAACAUGUUCUAAUAUAUCAAGAAUAUACAAACAGGUUUUGGGAUUUUGCCUUUUUUUAAAUAUUUGAGGCAUGGGCCUGUUGUGUGUAUGCCAAUCAUAUUAUCUCUAUGUGAAUGAAUGAAUGAAUUGCAAUUUAAUAACAAGGGAUCUUUAUCUAUAAUCAAGCAUUCCAGUUACUUUACUGCGCAAUGUCGCAGUCUAAAUUAAAUAAUAUUGAUUUGGGUUUUAGCAGGGCUAAUAGAAAUUUCAGCAUGUUGUCCCGUUUGAUCUUUAGAGACAACCUACCUGCCUGUUUUUGUGUGUGUGUGUGUGUUUAAACAAUAUUAAUUCGAUGCUUUCGCUUUUUAUAUUUGUUUUUAAGCUUUAAAUAACAUGCCAGAGGAUAUUUGUGUUGCCACAGUGUACAUAUUAGGCUGUAAUGUAUAAUGUUUCUAUAUGAAAAUACAUCUACUGCAGUUUAAUGGUAUUGACUGAACAAGUCACGUCUGAUCACAACACAGUGUUACAAAAUGUAUACGGUAGAAAGCUACCUACAAAGCAAUAUUUUACAAUAUUUUAAAAAUAGAUUAAAGUGGAAAAAAUACAUGAAUGGCAACAAUCUUCACAACAAGUCAUGCAAAUGGUAAUUUGAUGACAAAUGUAAUAAUUUGGUUAAAUAACAAAAUGUUCCCUACUUUUGAAACUAAAAAAAAAUUUUUUGAUUCAAUUUACCUCCUUCAUGUCAUGUUUAAGCUUGUAAAAGGUGAUAAAAUGCAUGCACUUAUUAGUUUUUGGGAACACCUUAUGAUAAACUGACUCCAAGAGCAAAUAUUUUGUACAUGCAACAUGUUUCAAAACACUUUGACGCAUAUAGCUAUAACUAUAUUAAUGAUUAAGUUUGAAGAAGCAAACAAAUGUUAUACUUCAUCAAAAAAUGUUUUACCUCAAAAAAGUCUGUGUACAAGGCAACAGAACAAUUUUUUGUCUACUGUCCAUCAGCAGAAUUUGUUUAUUUGCAUGUUGUCUUUAUCUUUUGUAAUGGCCAAACGUUAAGAGAUUUCUAGGCAUCGAUAUUUGCACCAAGUGAAGCCAAAAGUUUGACUUUUACAAUUUCCAAGUCUUGCUAUAUUGUUUGUUUUGCAAAAAGCAAUAUAGUCUGUAAAGUUCUUUUCAUGUGUCUUACGAAAUGUUAAUCUUUUUCAUUAAAUCAUACAAAUGACAUAUAAUAGAUAUUUUAUUGUCGAAAGUCUGUCCAAGUUCCAAACAUGAGAAUUAGUAUGAUAGAAGUCAUUAAGAGCAAACCAAUAUAUUUAUUGUUAUAGUCAAUAUAUCAUAAAAAUCUAGUAUUCAUAGGCGAUACAAAUUAUUAGUUAUUUGAAAUUAAGCAAGAGUUUAUAAUAUUAGGAUUUUCCCAUUUUAAAGGGUACAAGAAUCAAACUGUUAGUUAUAAUCAAUAAUGUGAAUGCCAUUUUACCAUAACCACUAUGUUUUUGUCUCACUGGCAGUGUGUCAAAUCCAUUCUUCUAAAUAGAAAUAAAGCACUUUAAGUGUAACUGUGAAGGAUUUUUAUUAUGUUCUUUAAAUGUUUAAUUAUGUACUCCCAGAUUGUGUGAUACUGCUAAACCCAAAUUUCUAAUAUGAAAAAAUAAACCUGUUUUAUCCUUA